AACGUUGCAAUCGAAGCUAUAAGUGUCUUGCAUGGUGCCUCGAAUCGUUUCCAUUUACUAGGGCAAUUUAAUUCUCAGAUCGAUCCUCCUGCCUUGUUUCUCUCUUUUGUCGCUUCCCCUGGAGUUCUUCGAUCCCGUCGCCGAUCUCUAAUGAAUUUCUUGUGUUCUUCUUCCUCCGCGUCCUCUCCUCUCUGCUUCACUCAGCCUCGCGGUCGAUCCCUCUGAGCUGCCUCCUUGAACAAUUUCCGGCGGGUAAUGAUGGCAUCGACGAUCAUCUCCUCCCCGUCGAUGGUUCUCCUUUCUGAUCGUUCGGAGUCGUUGGAGUUUUUCUGCGUGCGACGCGAGUUCAGGGAUAGGUGGAUGCUUCAGGGUGGAUGCAGGCGCUUCCGGGGAUGUCGCAUUUUCUGUAAUCUGGAGCUCAGGAGCUUGGCAAAAAGGAAGUGCUCCCCUUAUCUGGAAAGUGGACUUCUUUCUAGCACGAAUCACCCAUCCUUGCAUGAGUGGAGAGCAGUUCCAGAUAUUUGGAGGUCAUCUGCAGAAAAAUAUGGGGAUCAUGUUGCUCUCGUGGAUCCUUACCACUCUCCACCUACAGAGUUAACAUACAAAGAGCUUGAGAAAGAAAUACUGAAUUUUUCUGAAGGUUUAAGGGUUGUUGGAGUUGUACCAGAUGAAAAGUUAGCACUUUUUGCAGAUAACUCUUGCAGAUGGUUAAUUGCAGAUCAAGGGAUAAUGGCUACUGGUGCAAUAAAUGUAGUUAGGGGUACUAGAUCUUCGAGUGAAGAAUUAUUGAACAUAUAUAACCAUUCUGAAAGCAAUGCACUUGUUGUCGACAGUCCACAAUUUUUCAACAGGCUUGCAGAGUCUUUGAUACCAAAGGCUGAUGUUAGAUUUAUUGUUCUUCUUUGGGGUGAUAAAUUAUCCCUAAAUAAAGAACUUGUAAAAGGCAUCCCUCUAUAUGAUUACAAUGAUAUCAUAGAACUGGGCAGCAAAAGUCGCCACACAUUGCUUCAUUCUUCUAAACCAGGCCAAAAGGAUGUUUAUGAAGCCAUCAAUCCUGAAGACGUUGCUGCAAUAAUGUAUACAAGUGGAACAAGUGGCUCCCCAAAGGGUGUAAUGCUCACCCAUAAAAAUUUAUUGCAUCAGAUACACAACUUGUGGGAGAUAGUACCUACUGUAACUGGAGACUGUUUCUUAAGCAUGUUGCCAAGCUGGCAUGCUUAUGAACGAGCUUGUGAGUAUUUCAUAUUGACCCAUGGGGUCGAGCAGGUUUACACAAAUGUCCAACGGUUGAGGGAUGAUUUGAAGCGAUAUCAACCUCAGUACCUUAUUUCUGUUCCCUUGGUGUAUGAAACGCUUUACAGGUCAGUUCCCUUAACUCAAGCAAAGUUGUUGCCAUCUAUUACUAUCCUGUUUAUUUACUCAGUACUAAAUGAUGAUUCAAAUAAUCACUAUUAUUCUUAUGUUCGUGAUCAGAUCCUGGGUAGCCCUACAGAAGCUACCAUGGACAAUACUUGGGCGACUCUCCUCCGUGUCCAGGCUAAAGUCUCGACGAUGCCUCCUUCCGUUCCUGUUGACUCGUCAGCUUUAGUUUCUCGACACAACAAUAGACUCCCACCUCGCAAGGGUGGCAAAGGACGCCCUUGUUGGCUGCCGCAUAGUGGUGUUGCUAUCAUGAGAUCUGGGAUUGCUAGUAGCUGGGUGCUUGCUCUCCCCCAUGUGUUAUUCAAUUGCCAAAGGUUAGUAGCCACCCGUGAUUUAGCUCUUCCGUGUUGGCCUGAGGACGGGCUGACGGAGGUUCUUGGCACAAUUGGCCACCCACUUCAGUACACAGAAAUGAAGAUUGUGGAUGCAGAAACUGGUGAGGUUCUUCCAGAUGGUUCAAAAGGCGUUGUGAAAGUCAAAGGGCCACAAGUCAUGGCAGGUUACUACAAGAAUCCUUCAGCGACAAAUACAGCUGUGGAUGAGGAGGGCUGGUUUAACAGUGGUGAUAUUGGUUGGAUUGCUCCACACCAUUCCAGGGGGAGGAGUCGUAGAUGUAGUGGAAUGGUUGUUAUUGAAGGGCGUGCAAAGGAUACAAUAGUUCUCAGCACAGGUGAAAAUGUUGAGCCAUCAGAGCUUGAAGCUGCUGCUAUGCAAAGUAGUUUGAUACAACAGAUAGUGGUCAUUGGUCAGGAUCGGCGCAGACUUGGAGCUCUCAUUGUACCCAACAAGGAUGAAGUUCAAGAGUUAGCACGAAGGCAGUCAAUUGUCACUAAUGGUUCUGAACUCCAAGAAGAUGAACUUCAGAGCCUAUUAUACAAAGAAGUUAAAGCUUGGACGGCUUAUUUCACUUUCCAGAUUGGAUCCAUCCUUGUAAUAGAUGAGCCUUUCACCAUUGAUAAUGGAUUACUGACUCCAACCAUGAAAAUAAGAAGGGACAAAGUGGUUGAGCGAUACAGGGAGCAGAUUGAGAAGCUGUACAAUUAGAGUAAGUUUACAAAACUCUCUGAAUGCUGAAGGACUGAAAGCACUUGAAAUUUAAGCUUAUGAAUGAGGUUUAUCCAUGCCGCUGAAUUUUUAAGUCUGAAGUAACCAAUAAUGACGGCUCACUCGUAUCGACCGUGUAUAAUGUUAUAACUUUGCACUCCUGCAAGUACAAUUGCACAUGCUCAUGAGCUUGCAAAUAAUGUAUGUAUGAAUGAUCUUACAUGUGCCAAUAAAGUGAUUGUUUAUCCAGAAAAUUUCAAGUAAA